GGCGAUUGUUGUUCACGGAGAAAGGUUUCGUAGACACUGCUGUUUUUUUGUUGCAUCUCCACGCGUGCAUGGGUAUAGGGGUCGGCGAUUUAUUCGGUGAUUUUUUAGAGUGAAUUAGAAGAUUAUUUUUUUCCGUUGUCGAUAAGAAGGGGUCAGGGGGUGUUUUGCCCCCGAAAUCAGCAUCACGAUUUUCGGAGAUACUCAUAAGAUUGCGGGUGGGGGUGGCAGAGGGAUGUUCUGCUACCAUUGCCCGCCGGCCUUGCAUCCCGGAGCACCGCAGCCCAGGUUACCUACACUGGAAUACCCCUUCACACCGACUCAUCCUUAUACCAGUUAUUCUUAUCAUCCUGCCAUACAUGAUGAUACGUUUGUUAGAAGAAAACAGCGAAGAAACAGGACCACUUUCACCCUGCAGCAAUUGGAGGAGUUGGAGAGCGCCUUCGCCCAAACUCACUACCCCGAUGUCUUCACCCGGGAGGAUUUGGCGAUGAAAAUUAACCUAACAGAAGCUAGAGUACAAGUUUGGUUCCAGAACCGAAGGGCCAAAUGGAGGAAAGCGGAACGUCUAAAAGAGGAACAACGAAAACGAGACGGCCAAGAUGUGGUAAAACGCGACGACAAUACCAAAGAAGAAAAAGCGGAUGAAGGCAUUCCGAGCAGCUCGCCGGAAACCAACAUGGAGGAAGAAUCGGGCCGGGAUCGGGAGUGCUCGAGCAGGAGCAGCGCCGGCAGAGAGACGCCCGAGAGGACGCGGAGCGUCGUCGAAGCGGAUCCUUCGAGUCCUUCGUCCCCGCACAGUCCGGCGCCGUCGGCGUCGUCCGAGCCGCCGAAGACCGCCAUCCAACCGCCGCCCUUUUCGCACAUGUUCCCCUUCGGCGAUAGCCAUACCGGCGGAUUUCGUCCAGUAAUCGACGGUUCCGGGACAAGGAACACACCGCCAUUAUUCUUUUCGCCGCAUUUAGCAUCCCAUCUAUCCUCGCAAUUCUCGCCCCCGCUGUUUCCGACAUUAAAAGGUUUCCCCGGCCUGUGCUCCUGCUGCCCGAUCAAGCCGCUGGCCGGGCUCGGCUCCAACCUGCUGCCGACCAGCGAGGCGUCCGACCUGGCGCCGGGCGGCGGCGACCAGCGCUCGACCAGCGUGGCGGAGCUGCGGAGGAAGGCGCAGGAACAUUCGGCCGCGCUGCUGCAGAGCCUGCAGCACGUGGCCAACUUCCAGCAGGCGGCGGGAUUCGCGGGCGCCGGCCUGAAUUUUCCCAUCCUGCCGCCGUUGACGCUGCAGGCGCUGCAGCGGAAGCACGACGCCGCGACGGAGAGCGGCGACGCCGAGGCCGCCAACGAGGCUUCCAUUUAGAUGGUUUCGUAAACGGAAGUAGCUCGGGAGUAGGAUGAUGUGUAGAGUUGUUAUGCGACUUUUUUUAAUAUUAAAUUAUGGAAAUGUGGAUAUUUGGAUGAUGUUGCUCGGGAGUGGAGUACUGUACUUUUUCUACGACUAUUACCCAAACGGGUUAUUGUUGAAGAAUUGUUGAAUUCAAUAGAAUAUAGAACUACUUUAAAUUAUAAAUGGUUUGUGGUCGAAAUGCCAUAGAAAGUGCGUCCCUUUCAACGCUUUUAAUAAACCAUACCUAAUAGUCUCAAUUUAUAAUCUAUUCGUUUAUUCUAUUUAUUAUUUGAAAAAGUUUAUAAUCACAUUAAUUACUUUUUACGAUCAAACAAACAUAUAAAUAUAAUUAAUUCAUAGACACUUUACCCUAUAUUAAUUUCAAUAUUUUUUUCGAUUUUAUUUGACAUGCAAAAAAUUAGUAAUUAUACUUACCUGCAUAGUAAUA